GGCGCUAUCAGAUUCUUAAAGCUAUGGCUGGACAAGGAUCGACUCAUGAUGGUGUGCCUUCGACAUGAAAUGAUAGGCGGCAGUGUUGUUCGAUCAGCCAGUGAGCAAGUUACACCUGCGCUGCUACGCUGCUGACAUGGAAGCUGACAGAAGUCAACAAACGGAAUGGGAAAUUUUAAGACAACACGUUCUGGAUAGACUGCACAGCAGAGUGACACAUGCACUCCAGCAAACACCACUUGAUACAGACUAUCUGGAAUUUGUAUGUAGACAGGAAAUGGUUUUCCUCAACGUUAUGGCACACCAUAUUCCGGUGUCCCAGGAAGUUACAGAGAGGUUAAUGGAGUUAUGCAAUGCACUUCAAAAUCAGAGAGAACAUCAGCAACGUCCUCCCACACCAGUCCAACUUGACAUGCAAAGUGGAUGUGGACGACCAAAGAUAACAAUAUGUGUUGAAUAUCUAAGGCAUCUACUGGAACUUGGACUGCCAGUGGUGACAAUUGCAAGUUUAGUUGGGAUUUCUCGUGCUACAAUGUACAGAAGAAUGGCUGACGACAACCUCUCUGUCAGAGGAAUGUACAGUGCCUUGGCCGAUGCAGAAGUAGAUGAACGUGUCUCUGAAAUAAGAGAGGAUGCCGCAUGCAGGGUACAGAUUAGUGAAGGGUGCUCUGAAGGCACAAGGACAUCGACUCCAGUGGCUUCGUGUGAAAGCAUCAAUGCAUCGUGUAGACAGCGUUGGGAUACUGUCAAGAAUGACCCAACUGGGAUGUGUUAUCAGACGAACAUACUCCGUGCCAUGCCCCAAGUACCUUGUGCAUAUAGACACCAAUCACAAACUCAUCAGGUACAACAUAGUUAUUUUCGGUGGAAUUGAUGGCUUUUCACGUAAGAUUAUGUACCUGAGGGCUGCAAACAAUAAUCGGUCCGACACCACCUUAGCCUUCUUCAGCCAGGCUGUUCAGGAUUUUGGAUAUCCACUCAGAGUGCGAGCAGAUCAAGGGGGAGAGAAUUUUGGUGUUGCCCGUUUGAUGUUUACCGUGCGUGGACCAGACAGUGGCAGCUUUAUAGCUGGAAAAAGUGUCCAUAACCAAAGAAUCGAGAGACUUUGGCGUGACAUUUGGAUGGGAGUCACCAAUGUGUUUUACCACAUUUUCCACAUGCUGGAGGAAGAGGGCCUCCUCGAGCUAAGCAAUGCCACGCAUUUCUUUUGCCUUCACUAUGUUUUUCUGCCACGUCUUGAAGUAAACCUAGAUGUGUUUCGAGAAGGAUGGGACAAUCACCCUCUAAGAACGGAGCAGAACCUCACACCAAACCAGUUGUGGGAGGUUGGUCAGAUGCAACAUCCCAUUCCAAAUCCAGAGGAGAUGAACAUCCCUCAGAUUGAUUGGGAGGAAAGUGGGGAGAUCCCAGACCCACAUCUUGGAGUGAAUGUUCCUCAGCUGGGGAGCCCACUCACUCCUGAGCAACUGGCUGCAUUACAGCACCACAUUCAUCCUCUGCAGCCUUCAGAAUCCAAUGGUAUUGACAUAUAUAUGACAACCGUGCAGUAUGUUGAAGGUUUGCAGCAGGAACGUUAAGAUGCUACUUUCAUGUGAAAAAUAGAAA